AUGCAAGGCUACAAAAAUUUCCAAAAUUUUCUAGAUUUUGCUGAGAUCUUUGCGUGCUGAUCUACCACAAGCAUACCUUCACCGCAGUAAAUCGUUCGAGAUACCCGGAGCCCAAUAGGCUUCAAAACCAGUAGAACUCUUUUAUUCCACAACCUCCAAUCGAUUUACCUGGAAAAUAAUUCGAAGGACAACAACAAUUGAACAGCCACGCAAAAAUGGGGGACGUCGCACAGGUGAAGGUCGUCUUCACUACCACUGAGCAGGAUUUGGUACUCCCAGACUCUAAGCAACAAUUGCUCGUGCCUGCAGAUAUUAAACGAUAUGGCCUCUCUCGCAUUCUCAACUCCGAGUCUAUGCUCGACACCUCCUCUCCCAUCCCUCUCGACUUUCUCGCCAAUGGCACAUUUCUCCGAACUUCUAUCGAAGAGUAUCUUGCAACAAACGGUCUUUCAUCUGAAUCUACUUUAACUUUGCAGUAUGUUCGAAGUCUGCUACCCCCGGUUUACGAAGCGAGCUUUGAGCAUGACGACUGGGUCGGUGGUAUAGACCUCCUAUCUGCCACUUCACGAGCAGGCCUUCUGGUUGGUGGUAGUAACAUCCCCGAACGAGUUGCGAGUGCUUCCUACGACGGCCUCGUUAGAGUUUGGAACCCCUCUGGAGACGCAAUCGCAGUGUCUCCUGCUGGUCGAGCUGGUGGUCACACGCAGCGAGCGAAUGCGGUUAAGUGGAUCUCACAGAAGCAGCUGGCUUCAGUUGGCCUGGAUCGCAAGGUUAUUGUCUGGGACUAUAGCGAGUCUGAGGAUGGUUUCUCUGCUGCCCUCAAGUCCAGCAUGGAACUCUGGGGUCACGAGAAGGAAAUCAACAGUCUUGACAUUAACGGAGCCACUAAGCGUAUUCUCACAGCAUCAUCUGACGGUAAAGUUGGUCUUUGGACGUCGUCAAAAAGAACAGCUCCCCAGGCAGAUCCCGAGAGCCUGCCUUCUGCACAUAGCACGAAGCGAGCCAAACUUGCAAGUGCCGCCAACACUGCACAGCGUGGUCCUCUUGCUUUGAUCCCUGUCCAUGAUGAGCCUGUGACUGCUGCCGUCUUUCAUCCCAACGACGCAACGGUCGCCUAUUCGGCAUCGAAAGAUCAUACUGUUCGCACUAUUGACUUAACAACUCAGCGCGAGGUCAGCCGACUCACUACCAUGCACCCACUAUUAUGCGCAACGGCGCUCCCCGGAUCCUCCCUUGUCGCUGCUGGUUCGUCGGCCCGACAUAUUACCCUCCUCGACCCCCGCGAGUCAGCCACUACUACCUCAGCCAUGACACUCCGCGGUCACGUUAAUAUGGUUGUCUCUUUGGCGCCUUCGCCCGAAAACGACCACUCGCUUGUGUCUGGCUCUCACGACAGUACAUGUCGUGUGUGGGAUCUUCGAAGCGUGCGGAUGGGUACAUCGGAAGAGGGUGGCGGAAGCGUAAGUGAGCCAGUGUACACCAUAGGCCGAGAGUGGCUUAAGGGCAAGAAGCUCCCCGUCGCUGGUGAUGGAGCCAAGGUGUUGAGUGUGGCCUGGGAUCAAUCCUGGGGUAUUGUGAGUGGUGGUGAGGAUAAGAAGGUUCAGAUUAACAGAGGCCGUGACCUGUUUGGACCAGGAUCAUAGUAUAAUAUAAAUAGAGACCUACAACCGAUUGUUCCUUUAUACCGAUUUUUUUUUAUUGUGUUCUUGGAUGAUAUGGCUGGGAUAUUCAAGGAUGCAAUUGGCAACAAGUCUGACGAUCACGAAUUACAACCUGAUCAAAAGGUAAUAAGCAGUCUUCAUCAAUUCGUUUCCAAUCCAGUUUGCAGCGAAGCUGCGUUCCGAGUAGCUCCCCAUGCAUGCACUCGAAUCCUAGAAUCGGUUUUAUAGUUCUUCUUCAGACUCUUGACUUGCAUCCACCAAUGCUCGAUACCUGGCACUCACUAGUGACUGGGGAGCAAGGUGGACUAACACCUCAGUUCUAAGCCUCGCCUUGGAAAAAGGUAACCCUUCCGAGAUGAUGGCAUCAAGGAUAUAAGAAACAACAGUGUUUGUCUUAAGAGGAGGAGUACGUAAGAGCGUAGCAACGGCCUCUGGUGUAAGAUCUUGGUUGUCAUACCACAUGUAAUAAGUGCGAAGAGACGACAAUGGUGGAGUCGACUGGCGGCGCGUUGUGCUACGGUAUUGUUGAGCGUGCUUUUCGGCAGCGAGGAUACGGGGAUCCCUUGUAUCAUGGGAAUUGUUCUCUGAUGGGGGCGUAGCCUUUGUCGUGGGCGUUGCGGCCGAUUGCGUAGGCCUGGUUUCUGGUGUUUCAAGUCUCACCUCAACAUCAGCAAUCACCUCAGAUUCCCCCGAUUCUGAAGUCGCAUCACUUUCAUCAACGUCAUCAGCGGUCAAGAACCGAAUAGGAAGAUUCUGCUCCACGAAAGCUGGUCGAGGAGGAGUAGGCUGAAGCUUCAUGCGUUCCUGCUCAAGCACGUAGUACAGCUGGAGACCAACAUACGCAUCUGAUGCGGAAUCU